UCAGUGCGGUGUUGUUUUCGUAGAGCGCGCGGAGGCGUAACAGAGGCCGUCCAUCCUCCUGAAUCAUAUCCCAGCUUUUCAGAAGAAAGCGCCGCGGGAAAACUGUGAGCUACGCCGUACCACCGCGGUGCCUAGCCCGGUCAUGGGCUGCUCGCCCAGCCGAGGCUACGUGCGGGACGGCAGCGGGGCCGAGCGCGAGCGGGGCCGCGGCAGGAUGUUCCGCCGCCCCAAGGUGAGCAUCCGCGUGGGGCCCGCGGUCAGGCCGGUGCGGGAGGACGAGCACAAGAUCGUCUUCAUCUUCGGCGGACCCGGUUCGAGGAAAGGCAUCGUGAUCGACCGGCUGAUUCAGAUGUACGGCUUCAUCCUCCUGUCGGCAGAGGACCUCAUCCUGCACCAGCUCCCCAAGCGGGUCUCGCACGCGAUCGACGUGCGGAACACGCAGAGCAUGUCCAGUCUUCUACGCGAGGAUCCGUCGCAUCUCACCCUGGACUGGGUGCUCAAGCUCAUGGGAGACAGGAUAUUUGCGGACACGGAGAAGCACUUCCUGAUCGACAUGGUGCCAAACCUGAAGUUCCUCCUGAAGGUCAAGAGCUUCAUGAAGGACUGCACGGCAGAGAUGGAGGAAUUCGAGGAGCACCACCCCUGUGCCUUUGCCCUUAACCUUGCCAUUCCCGAGGAUCGCGUGCUGAAACAGGUGGAGGAGGCCCUGUGUAAGAAGAAGCAGGCGGACAACAUGCCCGAAGUGGACCAGCAACAGACCGACGAGAUGGACACGUCGCGGACGCGUAGAAGGCACGAGCUCUACCAGAAUAGCGUUAAAGCGUUUCUGGAGUACUUUCAUCAAACGGAGCGCGUGGUGACCGUGGACGUGUCGUGUGGCAUCCCGGACCUAAUCUGGGGAAGGGUGCAGUCGUUUUUUUGCGAGAUGGAGUUCCGACCGAGAAGACCGGUGAAAACUGUGGUACUUUUUGUUUUAGAGGAGGAAGACCUGAAAGGAAUUGAGCUUGCAAAGUAUGGAAUUGUUAAGGUGAAUCUUAACACACUGUCAAGUGACGAUGGAUGUUAUGGUUCAGACAAACUUCUCAAGGCGUUACAUGACUACAUGCAGAAACUCUCCCAGGAUACAGAGAACUUUGCAGUCACACUGGCAGGAAGCUGCAUUGUCGAAAGCAGGAAAAACAGCCUUCGGGACAAAGGUAUCGUGUUCUGCGACCUCACAGACGGCGUGCACCUAGAGGAUUACAUGUGCCCGAUAAACCCUCGGAGAAAGAAGAGCCUCAUCCGGAAAAAGAGCAUCGCCCUGAGGCCGCUGAAGGCAGUGAUUUCCACCACAACCCUGUCCUGCCUCUUCCAGAGGGACAUUGAUACUGAGCUGUGUCGGCAGAUUGCAGUGUGUUUAUCAGGACAUUAUGACUUUUGACUUUCAUUCUGAUAUCGAAGAAAUCAGUAUGCUUGAAGUCUCAAGCAUUAUGCUUCGAGUUUGAC